AUGGCAACGCAAACCGCGACUGCGACUGAGUUGCAGACAUUCGAACCUGCCUCGUCAACACCAGUCCUCUUACUGCGGAAAAGCCAUGACGCGCCAUCCAAUUUCCAGCAACCCUCCGGCAGGCUAACGACCACCGACUCGGAAGAAGAAGCAGCGAUAACCGCCCCCGUCCAGCUAUCCAAAACCCGAGCCGGCAUCGUCAUCGCCCAAGUCUGCGGCCAGCUCUUCUUCAGCAGCUUCUGCAACGGCAUCAUCGUCGUCGCCCUGCCCGCCAUGCAGCACAACCUAAACCUGGACGAAGGUCUACUCGUCUGGCCUAGCUCCAGUUACUUCCUCACGGCCGGAUCGUGUCUCCUGCUCGCCGGGUCCGUCGCUGACGUCGUCGGAAAUAAGCGCGUGAACCUGACGGGCUCGUUCUUCAGCGCCAUAUUCGCCAUGGCUUGCGGGUUGGCGCAGACUGGGGGCCAAAUGAUUGCGUUUCGGGCUCUUCAGGGUGUGGCGUAUGCUGUCAUCACUCCGUCGUCCAUCUCCAUCAUCUCGAACAAUAUGGAGGAGGGCAGGCCGCGCAACAUGGGAUUCGCGUGCAUGGGCUUCUCUCAACCUCUUGGAUUCUUGUUUGGGCUGGUACUGGGUGGUGUAUUUACUGAUAAUGUCGGAUGGCGACCGGCAUUCUACCUGGCUGCGGCUGCGAGUGCGGCUCUGUUCUUGGUUGCCAUCUGGGCAUUGCCGCGCGACCUUCAGCCAAGGAAUGAACAGUCUAUUUGGAAGCGACUUGCCAAGGAUAUUGAUACUGUGGGAGUAUUCCUGGUCAGCACCGGUCUGGCAACGUUGUCAUACGUUUUGGCGUCAUUAUCAGCCGAUAUCAACAACAUCCAUAAACCAUCUAGCAUCGCACUUCUGGCAAUAGCCGGCUGCUCUAUUCCAUCAUUCAUCGGAUGGAUGCACCACCGUGUGAAGAACAACCAGACGGCCCUCAUCCCCAACUCGCUCUGGGGCAGUUACGUCUUCACAAGCUGCUGUGUCAUGGUGCUUCUUACCAACGCUCUCACCAACUGCAUGGAGCUGUACAGCAGUCUGUUCUUCCAGCAGGUCCAGGGUUUGUCGGCCACGGUGGCAUCAGUCCAAGUCGUCCCGUCUCUCGCCGCUGGGGCCCUUACGAGCAUCGCAACUGGCAUCUUUGUUCACCGCAUGCCCGUCUUGUGGAUGCUGUUGAUUUCAUCGGCAAUGAGCACAGUUGCACCACUUCUCAUGGCUCUCAUUCGGACUAACCAAGUGUAUUGGGAGAACGCCUUCUUCGCACAGAUCCUCACCCCCAUCAGCUGCGACAUUCUUUUCACAGUAGGCCUCCUCAUCGUCUCCGACGUCUUCCCCAAACGCAUGCAGGCCCUCAGCGGCGCCGUAUUCAACACAUGCGCCCAGCUCGGCACCGCCCUCGGACUCAGCGUGGCCCAGGUCAUUGCCUCGUCUGUGAACAAUGCCUCUUCGUACGCUGACAAGUCGUCGCCUGAUGCCCUUAUGGUGGGCUACAGGGUUGCCUUCUGGGCCAUGUUUGGCUGGAUGAUGUUUGUCUGUCUCGUAUGCGUGUUUGGGAUGCGCCGGGUGGGUGUUAUUGGUGUGAAGCGGGAUUAA